AUGCUCUCGCUGUUCAUAAAAGAGAAGGUGCAUUUCUUCGCUUGUCCUCCGUGCGCGUGCCCUUCCAUUCAUGUGCGAUUCGGACAGCUAUACAUCAAUGAGGUUGUUCUUGGUACUGCCGUGGGUGUGAUCCUCGGUCCUUACUGUGCCAGCAUCUUCAAUCCUCGGGCGUGGGGCGGCAACAUCAAUGAGAUUGCGCUCGAGGUCAUGCGCAUAAGUCUGGCCAUCGGCCUGUUCACGAUUGGAGUCGAGUUGCCUCGGUCUUACCUCGCUGACCACGCUGUGGGUCUUCUGGUCAUGGUUGUGCCUACCAUGGCGUUCGGUUGGUUAGUUGUGGCGGCAAUCAUCUACGCGGUGUUUCCUCCUAUAAACUUCAUCUCGUCGCUCGUGAUCUCUGCAUGCCUCACGCCGACUGACCCCAUCGUCUCUGCCGCUGUCCUCGGUACGUUCACUGGUUCCCUGCUUUCACUAUAUGCGCUCAUCCCGCCCACAGGAGGAAAUUUCGCGACGAAGCAUGUUCCCCUUCCCCUCCGCCAGAUCCUCGCCGCCGAGUCUGCUGCUAACGAUGGACUGGCGUACCCCUUCCUAAGCAUCUCUCUUUACCUCUCCGUGGAGGCUGUCCGAGGCGUGGCGAUUGAGAAGGGAAUCCUUAUCGGCUGGCUAUACCAGGUCUUCUUGGGUACAUUGCUUGGCGCCGUCUUUGGUAUCGCCUUCUCUCUGUUGAUGAAGCUCACUUACAGGAAGGGCUUGAUCGACCGCGAGUCAUAUGUCGCGCAACACAUCUCCCUCGCCAUCUUCACAAUCGGAGUGGCCCGCACGUUGGGUCUCGACGAUCUGCUCGCUGCGUUUGCUGCUGGCUCUGCGAUCAGCUGGGACGGACAGUUCAACUCGCAAGUCGAGGGACAGGUCUUCUCGACAGUCUUGGACCUCAUAUUGAACUGCGCCUGUUUCGCGUACAUUGGCGCGUGGAUACCCUUCAAUAUGUUCGAUGCAGCCAACGUCGGCAUCACUCCGUGGCGCCUGGUGGUCAUUCUGCUCGCGGUCAUGUUCCUUCGCCGCAUCCCGUCGAUCCUCCUGUUGUACCGAUGGGUGCCGGAAAUCGCCACAUGGAAGGAAGCUCUGUUUGCGGGCCAUUUCGGCCCGAUGGGUGUUGGUGCGAUCUUUAUCUCGACCCUGGCGGUCAGCGAGCUGCCUGAGCCGGAAUCCCCUCCGGCGAACCAGGCUCAGCUCCUCGCCGUGACACUGCAACCGAUCGUGGCCUUCGUUGUACUGGGCUCCAUCAUCAUUCACGGACUGUCUAUCCCUUGCUUCUCCCUGGGCCAAAAGCUCCACAGCCUCUCCCGCUCCCUUUCACGGAGUUACGAGGUCUCAGGGACGCAAAGUGGUCCUAUUUCGCCAUCGGAGACCGCGACUCUGGCCGACGUCGAGCGCGGGACCACCGACGGCAACUUCUCGCACGAGAUGGUGAUAGUCGGUCAAAUGCCUGACUUGAGGUCCGCAGCACCCAUCGGCGACGGAACAAGUGUAGCAUCGGCGCACGCGCAUACUGCCUUACCAUUCUCCGCCAUCGUGAGUGUCUGCCGCCCACGCUCCCCUUGCGCUCCCCACUCAGUCGCUUGCGAACGGCAUAGGUGGCCCACGAACCCGCUCUCGGACGCUGUGCGCUCGGGUUGA